GCAUCCCGUGCAGGCCGGGUGACGCGCUCCGCAGCUGCAGCAGUUGUUGGCACCCCGGUGCCCGGCCGAAGGGUUUGGAUGGUUGGUGGCAUGCGGCCUCCUGCCACCCAGCUGCAGCGGGAGACAGGUCUUCCCUAGCGAAAUGCAGCCUCACCGGGUUCGACCACCGAAGAAGUUAUUUUCCUCUCGGAACCAGUAGCAGUGUUGGCGUGGUUUCGGCGACUCCUGGGGAUAUGUGGUGCACACCUUACAUUCUAGAGAACUGCUUUCCACAGAACCCAGGGACACCAUGAAGUCUAAUCCUGCCAUCCAAGCUGCCAUUGACCUUACGGCAGGGGCCGCAGGGGGCACAGCAUGUGUCCUGACUGGGCAGCCCUUCGACACGAUGAAGGUGAAGAUGCAGACUUUCCCAGACCUCUACCGGGGCCUCACCGACUGCUGCCUGAAGACCUACUCCCAGGUGGGCUUCCGUGGCUUCUACAAGGGCACCAGCCCCGCACUGAUCGCCAAUAUCGCAGAGAACUCGGUGCUCUUCAUGUGUUACGGCUUCUGCCAGCAGGUGGUCCGCAAAGUGGUUGGAUUGGACAAUCAGGCAAAACUGAGUGACCUCCAGAACGCAACUGCUGGUUCCUUCGCCUCCGCCUUCGCCGCGCUGGUCCUCUGCCCCACAGAGCUUGUCAAGUGCCGGCUCCAGACCAUGUAUGAAAUGGAAUCUUCGGGAAAGAUAGCUGCGAGCCAGAACACAGUGUGGUCAGUGGUGAAAGAAAUCUUUAGGACGGACGGCCCCUUGGGCUUCUACCACGGACUCUCAAGCACUUUGCUUCGAGAAGUACCAGGCUACUUCUUAUUCUUCGGUGGCUAUGAACUGAGCAGAUCCUUUUUCGCAUCAGGGAAAUCAAAAGAUGAACUAGGUCCGGUCCCACUGAUGCUAAGUGGUGGAUUUGGUGGAAUUUGCCUGUGGCUGGCUGUGUAUCCGGUGGAUUGUAUCAAAUCUAGAAUCCAAGUUCUUUCUAUGAGUGGCAAACAGACAGGACUAGUCAGAACUUUUCUGAGUAUCGUGAAGAACGAAGGAAUAACGGCCUUGUAUUCUGGACUGAAACCUACUAUGAUUCGAGCCUUCCCCGCCAACGCGGCACUGUUUUUGGCCUAUGAGUACAGCAGGAAGUUGAUGAUGAGCCAAUUUGAAGCCUACUGAAGUGUCCUGGAUGCAAGGCAGCCUUUAGUUUAGUGACUGUUGUUAACUCAGGGUUUCACGGAGUUACAAGAACAUUGUGGGAUUAUUUGAUGAAUUGGGGCGUUUGUCCUCGUCUUCCCUUCUUCUACUCAGAGUCUUAGACUUGGUGGAAGGCCCUCUCUGUUCUACACAGAAUCGUUUCUGCCCGUUGUGGCACCAAAAGAGAAAAGUCGCUGCCUGGCCCUUGGUGGGAUGUGCUGCUGGUGGCCUUACGCAGACUGCCUUCCUCCCAGGACAGAACUUCUGCCGAAGCCAGGGGCACACAUGCAAUUUAGAUGGCCCUAAGUUGAGGAAAACACGUUUGUUCCCAUGUCUAGUUGUAAAUGGUGACCAAUGUCUUUGCAGAUGGUUGUAAAUGACUGCUUAACCCAUCCUAGACGUAGGGCCAAAGGCUGCUGAGCCUGUGCACUAAGAGGUUAAAGUUUUUAACUUUUGGGGUACAUUAAAGCUAAAACACCUAUCUAUAUUUUUAGAUAAACUUCUAUGCGUA